AUGAAUGUACAACAAACACAACAUGCUAAUCCAGAAGAAACCUUGAUCAGCGAAAUAUUUCCAGACCUUCAACAAAAUUACAGAUCUACUGACUAUAUAACGGAACGGGCAAUCUUAGCAAGUAGAAAUGAAUUUGUAGAUAAUCUAAAUGAAAUCCUGAUUGGGAAAUUCCCUGGAGAAACAAAAACAUAUAUCAGUUUUGACUCAGCGGAAGAUGAUACCAACAACUACUAUCAAGAAGAAUACCUCAACACAUUAACACCAAAUGGACUACCACCACAUAGGUUAGUGCUGAAAGAAAAUGCUCCAAUCAUGCUGUUGAGAAAUCUAGACCCCUCAAAUGGAUUAUGCAAUGGGACUCGCUUAAUUUGUAGAGGAUUUGACAAGAAUAUCAUACAUGCCGAAAUAACAACAGGUCAAUAUGCAACAAAACAAGUGUUUAUUCCAAGGAUACAACUAUCACCACCGGAGAAUGAAGGAUAUCCUUUCAAAUUUAUUCGGAAACAGUUUCCAAUACGUCUAUGUUUUGCAAUGACAAUAAAUAAAGCACAAGGUCAAACAAUACCGAAUGUUGGAUUGUACCUACCACAACAUGUCUUCUCACAUGGUCAACUGUACGUAGCACUAUCAAGAGGAAUAUCUAUGGCGACAACAAAGGUAUUGGUCAUGACUGAACAACCAGAACGGUACAAAGGGACAUACACAAGAAAUAUUGUGUACAAGGAAGUUUUAGGCGAGAUUUGGUAG